CGAGACGCGUACAAGUAGCACCUGGCCACGAUACGCAUACACAAACGCUCGUGUCCCCCCGCACCGAGAGCAGCACCGCAAGUCGAGCUUUUUUUGCGCCCGCCUUUUAAGUUUUCCGAUUCUUUUGACCAGUGAUUCCGACCGACCGAAAAGCAGUUUUUGUGCAAGAGAUAGACAGACGGACAGAGAGACUCAACGUUUUGUGGUGCACUUUUCUCCGGUGUCUUUCAGCCGUUUUCCAGACAUUUCAAAGAAUAAUCGACUCGAUCCAUGGGCAAGCAGCAGCGAAGGUGCAGCAUGAUGAGCUUGCUGAGUUUGCUGGCCACGACGACUCUGGUUGGACUCGCACAAGCCGGACCACUGGCGCGCACGAGCAGUCACAACGCCGCCAUUCAGAGCCUACAGAUCCCGGUUGAUCGCGAUCGAUUUCUUCUCAUCUUACUCGUCAAUCAGAAGGAUUUCGUUGCCGAGGGAAAGUCGAUGGAAGAUAUGCUGGAGUAUCUGAACGAGCACGACACGGGGACGACGAGCAACGAAGCCGACUCGAACGUCAGCAGCAGCAGCAGCAAUGGCCGCGACAAGCGCAUGGGCUCGCUGUCGAUCGUCAACUCGGUGGACGUGCUGCGUCAGCGGGUCCUGCUGGAGCUGGCCCGGCGCAAGGCCAUGGAGGACCAGCGACAGAUCAGCGAGAACCGACGCCUCCUCGACUCGGUGGGCAAACGCUCCUCCUAUCCGGGCAGCUCGAUAAUGGCGCGGAAAAAGGACUCCUCGGCGGCCGACAGCAGCCUCGAGCACGACCAGCUGCAGCGACAGUUCGACGAGCUCAUGAUGCAGUGAGCCCCGACCUGGCAGCCCACCACCGCAUCUUCCAUUUUUCCUCGCUGUUUUUAUUCUUUCCCGGGGUUCGUUCGGAUUUUUUCUCUUCUGGUCACCUCGCUGGCUUUCAGGCUCUUACGAUGCGUGCAGCCGUUAGCUCGAUCGUCACCGAGUUCGAUCUCGAGCAUCGGCGACAGAGUAUCAUCCUUUUACCUUGUGUCCGCGUACUAUUGUCAUGUGCUGUAGAAGAAGUCGACGUUCGUCGAAAGACGCCUUUUUUUCAGUACAACUAUCGAAAUGAUUAUGACCCACCCCCUUGCGUACAUUUAGCAAUGUGUAUUGUACGCACGAUUGUAUAACUCGAUAGACGCUUGAAUGUAUUUUAUUUAUCGACGUGAGUGUUGCGCAUUGGAUAUUGUACAGUCCACGACAAUUGUAAAUCGUACAAAUAGACGACUUUUUAUUUAUACCACCGCGAACAAAAGACAAAAGUAAACAAAUAAAGAAAUCAACAUGUCCGAUAAUAGUUUCGCUAGGCCAACGUGAACAUUAUUAUGCUGUUUGAUGUUUUUUUUUAAUAAAAACUCUGACUCAUUCCAUAUGGUAUGCUAACAUAGAUAAUGUAUCAAAAUAUGACUGUAUUUUAAUCUCGUGUAAUAUUGGACAUAGUUAUAUACGUACGUACCUUAUGCGUAUAAACAAAUAUAUUAAUAUAACUAUAACUGAAAAUGUAAGAGUUAAAAGACUUCGAGCCGUUGAAACUAAACGUUUAUAUUGUAUUUUAAUUACAUCGAUUCUUACAGGCAUCUGAUCCUUCAGUUAUUUUGUUUCCUAUAUUGUACAAAAUGUUAUAGUUUAGAUUUUAAUGACACUAGACGUUGAUUUUAUAACGUUUUGUUGAAAAUGAUGUAUUAUAAUAAUAAAAAUGUACAUUUGUCAUUCAAAAGCAUAGUAUCUAUUUUCGUAUACUAACCCUAUAAAAUUCAUUAAUAAUAAUGAUACAAUUUGAUUGCUAGCUCAGAUCAAGUACAGAAAUAUAUUAAGAAAAAUUUAAACAAUACAAGUAAAAUUCGAAAAUUCGGUCAAAGCACUAAUAACGAAAUUAGAUAUGAAUUACAUUUUUAAUUCAGCGUAUUAGUUGUAGCUAGUCUAAAGAGAGCUUUGAGUGUCCAGGCAAUAUCAUUAUUCUCGUUGCUUUAAUUUAAAAUUGCCAGGAGCUCAAAUCGCAAAAAAUAAACUAUAUAGCAUUGAAUGUUCAAAAAACUAUACUUCAAUGUCGAUCACGAUUAACAAUAAGAAUUAAUAAUUUAUCAAUGUUCAACCUUUUAACUAAAAUAUCCUUACAGUGUCAAAUUUUAUCGUAAGAAAAAUAAAGCGUCGCAAGCGAAGAUCAAAAAUUCCGAAUCAUGUAGAAUUAUUAGUUAACACAA